UUGAUAGUGAUACAGUAACAGCGAUAGUUCGGGAAGAAAGUAUCGUGUUUAACAUUGACUGUAUCUGGAUAGUCAGUGGAAUGUUCGUCGAAUUGGUUUAAUUUUCCAUUAUGGUCAAUUGUUGCAUUCUAUCGUGUCCAUCGAAUGCUGGUUAUAGCGAAGUUUCGUUCUUCAGAUUCCCUGUUAUUCGUGCUGAUGGGGGAAGCCGACAAAAAUCCAUUAAUCGACGAGCUGCAUGGAUAAAAGCUGUCAAUCGGAACAUUAACUUUGAUCAUGCAGUUAUCUGUGGUAGGCAUUUUAUUUCCGGUCAACCAGCCAAAUUGAACGAGACCCGCCAUUCGGAUUGGGUUCCUACAUUAGAAAUGUCCCAGCUGGAUGGCGAUGACGAAUGGCCAUCAAUUAAAACCGAUUCUACCAAACUAUGCCGCUUAUGUCUGGGCAAAGAUGUGACACUCACCAGAUCACUUGAAGAUGGUAGUGGAGCGGACAAUACACUGGUGCGGCAAAUUUACGAAUGUACCACAGUGAAGAUCACGCUAAAAAAUUGCUAUCCAGCUUCCAUUUGUGCAAUAUGUGACGCUAAACUAACAGAGUAUAGUCAAUUUCGCGAGAAGUGCAUCGAAAAUGAUGCUCUCCUACGGUCACUACUCGACGGUAGCGACAUCGUCGAGGAAAACAAUCCGUCUUCCGACGCGGAAGGAGACAUUGAUCCGCCAGAACUGGCGGAGUCGAUGGACAUAAAAGAGGUACAAUUAGGGCUAUAUAAUUCGUCCGAUGAAGAAAAGCCUAAUCUGAGAGAACGCACCGAGCCGGAGAAACGGACGAUAAACGAUGUGGGCUCUUCCUCGGAAGUAACGAUAACUCCUUUACCUAAAAUCACCAACAUUACCUCGACUAGUUUUGCCGAGAAAGUUGCUGCUGCUGCUGCAGCAGCAAACCAGUCCACUGUUGUAAAGGAACAGCCUUCACUCAAAGUAUAUCCACCAGCAUCAACGUCAUCAUCGGCACAGCCCACGGUGCGAACACCCACGAUCAGCGUGAAGCCAAUAUCCAGUUUAGCUUCUCCGGCGCUGUCAUCAUCGUCCUCAGUAACAGCAGCAACAGAUGUGGCCAGACAAACUAUCGAAGAGUUAGUCGCACUUGCCACCGGGAAAGAACUGGAUAAGCCAGUUCCCGCUAAUAUUGGUUCGGAUGGACGUCUUGAGUGUGUCAUUUGCUGUCGCCCAUUCCGUAACACUUACACAUUGAAACGGCACAUGAAUCUUCAUACGGAAGAGAACCUUUACACCUGCGAGUACUGCAGUAAGAAAUUCAAUGAUCGUUCCAAUUGGAAAAUUCAUCUUCGUGCCCACACCGGAGAUAAUCUGCUCCGAUGUGCGGUCUGUUUCAAAACAUUCAUUUCUCCGUCAACGCUUAAGUAUCAUCUGAGGGCACAUCGAAAGCUACGAAUUUACGAAUGUCGUCUUUGCGUCGAGGCAUGUGAAACCUACGAAGCUUUGGCAAACCACGUAGUAACAAAGCACGGUGACAUUCGUCCCGAAGAUCUUGCCAGGACCGCCGAUGAUGCACUGCUGGCGGGUGAUUUUUUGAAAAUUGAAAUGGAUCAAGAUGACAGCACGCUGUUACCACCAAGAAUGACAGACGAUGCCGAUACUUCUGCAGCUCCGCUUCCAGCGGUAUUGGGUGCAACCGGUUCCGAUGGCGAACGGAGUGGUGUCAUGGAUAUUCAAAUAAAGGAAGAGGCUCCCGACGUCGAUGAGUUUGAAAUUAAACAAGAACCACUGGAUGAUGAAACCUUGGAACCGGAUCCUGACGGGGAGAAGCGUGUGCAAAAGCAACUGUCGGCUAUGAUUCCGACGGCACAGGAGGAUACGCCUCCGGUUAUACUGUUUCGCUGCGAUUACUGCAUGAAAAUCUUCAAAUACCUGUACGAGCUACGUGUUCACAUGAAGCUGCACAACGGCUCCAAAGUAUCGGCGGACAAGGAAUCCGGAGCCAGCACAGCGGAUACGGAUAAGGGAGGCAUUAAACGCAUUCGUAGCAUGCCAUUAGUCGUGCGACCACCAUCUCCGAAAAAAGUUCGCCAUCCCUCGAUCGACGAAGACGUGGGCGAGUUGGUUAAUGCUCCAUUACCGGAGCACAAGUGCGACAAAUGUGACAAGUGUUUCCGCACCGAAGAACUACUCAAGGUGCAUGUUGAGACCCACAAGUCGGACGAGGACGUAACGCAAGCUCGAAGCUGUAAAGUUUGCUUCAAAACCUUCAAGUGUGAGUUGAAUUUAGUGUCCCACAUGCGUAAACAUCACCCCUACGAGACGUUUGUCACCGAACAGCAACAAUUGGAGGACGAAAAACCACAAUCACCGGAUAGCAGUAGCAACGACGGCCAACAGUCACAGGUUGAGUCGCUCGAUUCCUCCGGGACAGCAGAAGGAUCGAUUGAGCGAAAGUGCGAAAUCUGUGCACUCAGCUUUCGGUGUGCCUUCAAGUUGGAAAAGCACGUACUGAGCCACUUCAAAAAUAACGAAGCUGUCACGUUCGUGCCAUCGGCCGACCGGCCCUACAAGUGUACUGAGUGCCAUAAAAGGUUCAAACGGAAGGAUUAUCUAUUAAUUCACAUUCGCACACAUACCGGCGAGCGACGGCACAAAUGCGAUAUGUGCUCCAGUGCAUUUGUUCAUCCGUCGAACCUGAUAACGCACCGUAAAUUGCACUCCAAUGAGCGACCGUUCAAAUGUGACCUCUGUCCGGCGGCUUUCAAGCUGUUUGCCGGGUUGAAGAUUCACCGAAAGCGAUGCGCACUCAAGUAUCUACAGGAAAACUGUGUCACAAUAACAUGAAGAGGAUUACACAAGUUAAACAAGUCUAGAAUCGUAAAACGUGUAUGUUUAAUAUAUUGGUGAACCCAUAACUUCCCAAAACUGUAUUGAUCGUUUAUGUAAGUGAGCUUAGUUCUAUAACAGAUCAUUAAAUCGUAUUCAUGUUUAUCUUUAUGUUUAGUUAGUAAGUCCAAGCAUAUUACAGGACAUCGGUUUCGACUAUCAAGCUAUUUGUCUUGUCGCGAUUAACAGUUUUCCUUCUAGAUAUGAUAGCAAUACAGUUUAAGUUAACAUUUUUUAUAACUUCAUGCUCUACAAGAGAAGGCAUGUUUGUAUGGUCGGCAUGAUAGAUUUUGAAUUCUGAUUGAAUGUUGCAUGGAAAUAAAUAUAUGUAUACAAUUGUAUAACAACAAA